UGAAGGAGGAGAGUGCAGUGGAUGAGAAUGACUGAGACACCUCUAUGAAUGGAGUAUUCUUCUUCUCUGAGCACAGUAUACAUUUUAUGAAGGAUUAUUCUAGAUGUUUGAUGUCAGUGCAGGCUACAAACAGCUCUGCUGGGGACAGUGCCAGUCCUCCGCGGGUACAGUUUUUUCAGCCUCCAAAACCGCAUUUUAGGGGCAUCCGCGGACCAAUCACAUCAGGCGUCCACUGCUCCAGCUCACCUCAUCGGGCUAUUGAGCUCCGUCGUUAACGACUUGGGGGUGACGGGACUCGGCCAGAAUUUCGCCAAAAUUACGACGGGAAUCAAGUACUACUCACUGUCUCCCGGUAACGGGAGAGACCACCGGAAGCUCGUAAUGUCUCGUGCCAAGGAGCGUCUGAAAGUCGGGAAUGAGACCAAGGACAGCGUAACUUUGUUACCGUGCUUUUAUUUUGUAGAGCUGCCUAUCCUGGCCUCCUCUGUCGUCAGUCUUUAUUUCCUGGAGCUGACGGACAUUUUCCAGCCAGUGCAUUCUGGGUACAGUUGUAAUGACCGCAGCCUGUCUCUGCCCUACAUCCUGCCCAGACAGGAAGUCUGCCCCUUGCCUCUGCUCUUCAGCUUGGCCUUUGCUGCUCCCACUGUAACUAUUCUGAUAGGAGAAGCCAUUCUGUACUGCUAUCUAUCAAGGAGGUCAUCAGCUGCACAGACUGAGGCCAACAUCAACGCUGCCGGCUGUAAUUUCAACUCCUACAUUCGCAGGGCUGUACGCUUCAUAGGUGUCCAUAUCUUUGGCCUGUGUGUGACAGCACUGAUAACGGAUAUUCUCCAGCUGUCUACUGGGCAGCACACCCCUUACUGGUUGGAUGUUUGUAAACCUAACUUGACCCACAUUAACAUGUCCACCUGUGAUGAAGCUUUUAUUCUGGAGGAUAUCUGCUCUGGACAAGACGUUGGGCUCAUCAAUGCUGGGAGGAAAUCUUUCCCUUCACAACAUGCGACUCUGGCUGCCUUUGCUGCUGUCUACAUCUCAAUGUACUUCAACACGUUGCUUACAGACUCAGCUAAGCUCCUGAAGCCUGUCCUGGUAUUCUCUUUUGUCAUGCUGGCCAUUCUGGCAGGGUUAACUAGGAUCAUCCAGUUCAGAAACCAUCCCGUGGACGUCUACUGUGGAUGGUUACUUGGAGCUGCCAUCGCCAUUUACCUGGGUGUGUAUGCAGUGGGAAAUUUCCAGCCAAGUAAGGAUCGAUCCAGAAGUCGACCACCACCUCCCCCCACCCUGAGAGAGCCCCCCCUCUCCUCUUUGGCCAAUGUCAGCCAGUCAGCAAUAAGCAACAGCCACCAAGGUCACCUUACCUUGAUUCCCAGUCAACCAGAGCCCAUCAUCACAAGGACCUCUUCACAUACCUUGUCCCCCAACCGACCCGGGCCCCUUCUGACACGGAGUGCUUCAUACCGAGAACCCUCCAUGUCCAAUAUGAAGAGAGCCAGUGCUGAAAUCGAGGUGUUAAUUCCAUCCAGUCCACUUGGCAACCAUGAUAACAUGAUGACCUUCAGCAGCAGCACUCUGCCACGAUCCCAUGGAGGAUCCUCAUUGGAAGAGGGUCGUAUUCCUCGGCGUCAUGCCUCCAUCCACGCCUCAAUGGAUUCAACGAGAUCUAAACAGCUGCUCAGCCAAUGGAAAAAUAAAAAUGACAAUAGGAAGUUGUCUCUACAGGUGAUGGAUGGAAUAAGACCAACCUCCUCGUCAUCCCCCCAGAGGAACAUGGAGCUUCGCUGCUCCUCUGAACCAUCUGCCAUGGGCCUUGAGGCAGAGCUCCGAGCCGGAACACAUUUGCCUUCAGUCACUGGUCAGGAAACAGAGCUGCGUGCUGGAGCCCACAUCCCAGCUCAGUACAUGAAACUAGCAGCAAGCACUGCCAAUCAUAAUCACUUGGCCCAUAAUGGUAGCACUGGUUUGGCUGGUGGGGCAAGAGUGUCAAUCCAAUCCCGGCCUGGAUCCUCACAGCUGGUUCAUAUUCCUGAGGAGGAAAACCCCAGCUGCAGAGAUCAGGAGAGCGAAUCAGAGGACAGCAUUAUGGAUGGGGGCGGGUCAGUCAGGGAAAAGUGGCUGAGAGUGGCAGAGAGAACCACCCUCCCGUGUAGACCUCUCAGUGCUGGUGGACAGCCCCGUCUUAUGCAGGUUAUAGCCUUAUCCAAACAGCAGGGCCUCCUUCACUCUCCUAGAUCAGAGGAUGGUGGAUCCAUUCGGUACCGAGCCCUGACAGACCAGGAUCCAUCUCCACCGGCCUCUACCACCGGAGCAGUAGGAGGAGGAGGUGGAGGUUUGGAAAGAAGUGGCAGUAUAGUCCGGGUUGACGCCCAUCCAGAGUCCAGAUCAAACAAACCUGUGGUGAGACCUCCAAGCAGAGACGGAAGUGGCUCCUGGCGCUGGAAACCACCGGAUCAACGAGCUUCACUUCAUCAGUCGGCUUUCAACCUGAAUGACCUGAACAGAAAUACAGACAGCUGUGACUCGCUGAGGGAUGGAGGGUCGGUGGACGGGCGGAGGAGUGUAACAGGGACCGAAAUGGAGAGUGGAUAUGGUGGAGAUGGAGGGGCAGGAGGGGGAGGUGAAAUGGGAGAGGGUGGAGGAAUCUUAUACACAAACCAUCCACAUAUGGUACAUCCUCUUCAUCCCUUACAUCCAAACAACCCCAACAACUUCCAGCACCCCAAUCUAAACCCCAACAGUCCCAAUAAUCCUCAUUUUAAUAACACUCAAUUAAACUUCAACCCCACUUCUAACUCCGGCAUGACAUUUAUCCAGACUGAGACCUUUGCUCCACCCUUCCACCCUCACCCUCAAGCCAUCACUACCAUCAGGGUGACUCCAGUGGAGGGAACCGCUCCCAGCAGUGACGGUGGCUCAGAUUCCCAAUCUGUUGCCUCAUCCAGUCGCGAGUCCACCCUGAGGAGGCAGAGUGGCUCCCACAUCAUCCAGGUCCCGGAUCGCGGUCCCCCUCCUGACCUCCACAACAACCACCGCCUUUGUGACGACGGUAACCGCAUCGACAAUGUAAGCUGCAACCGUUUCCACGAAAACCUUCGAAGUUUUCAGGAAAACCCGAUCCAUUUCAACCACCCCAACCACCACAACAGGCAGUUUCAAGGGAUGUAUGGCCGUCCAAGUCCAACCCCUCCCCCCACAUUACCUCGCCCUAUCCUAACUCACACUCCACCUCCUAAUUUAGGGUUGGCAUAUAAAGAAUGACCCCCUUAAGGGGUGAGAUCAUCUAUUUACACCUGCUACUUGACCAGUACAAAUUCUCAAUGGAGUUUUGGCUAAAUCUGCCACCAGACAGGGUCAGCAAAUAAGGGAUGGCCAAUCUGUCCCAAAAGCAUCCCAGCUGGUUUAAUACCUUACUGAAUAGAUGUUUUGUCUCUCUGAAGGAUUAAAACCUACAAGCAAUAGGUUCACUAUUCACUUUGAAUCACAAGCCAUACAAGCAAAAUCAGCGCUGCCCCUGAUCUCCAACUGACCAUUAGGGCUCAAUGUGAGGGGUGAGUUUGAUCCAGUGCUUUUACUGUUUUGACGUCGGACUGCUGGCAAAACCAGUCUUUCUUUUGAUGUACUAUGUUGAGUUGAAUUGGAUCACAGGCACUCAAGCCUCCUUGUUCUAUCUCACUCCUCCCUGUCAGUGAGGAUGGGUGCAGCCUGACAAGUCUGCCCCUGCUUUUCCCCCAACUGCUGGCUCAGCUGUAAAUGGGCUAACGCUUUUGUGCCAACAUUCAUACAUACAUUUAUUACAUGCUUUCAUUCUGUUGUCAAGCACAUGUAAUGAAAUCGAUAAACAUAUAUAUAAACUUUAUAAUUAAACCACUGGCCAUUAGAUGGACAUUUGCAUUCAAAGCCUAUAAUAGUGCUGUUUGUACAUAUGUUUGUGGGUGCCCACAGUCUAGUGUUUCUGGGCUACAAGAUUUUUUAUAUUGACUAUAACAGUGUCUAUUAGUUAAUGGUGAUAGUGUUUGUGUCAGAAAAGAACAAUAUAAGGGGAAUAUAAAGUGUUUUAAAUAUGGUCAAAAAGCAUUCAAUGGUUUUACAUAUUUUUCUUUUGUUAAUGUGCAGUAUAUGAAUUAUGCUUACUGUGUCGUAGCUGAACUGUACACUGACACUUGCAGCUUGGGAAUCAUCUGAACAAACAAAGAUUGUAUAAGAAAAA